CCAGCCCGGCAGCCCCUUUCUCUCCGUUUCUCUCGCCAGUUUUCUCCGCUCGCCCCGCGGUUCCCGCUUCCUACAGCACCCGCGGUCGACUCGGGUCGGCCUCUUCCCACUCCGCCGCCGCUCUCCGCUCCCCAGUUCCCUUCACCUCUCUCUCAUCCUGCAGUCACCUUCCUCCCCAGUCAAACCCUGCUCGGGAGCAAACGGAUUUCGGAUCCUCGGCUUUACCACUCGCCUCGUGGACUUCGGGGUUCAGUUUGGGACUCAUUGCUCCGGCGUUCUUCGUCAGGUGCCCUGCUGAAGGCUGUUUUGUAUCAUGGAGAGUACAGACAAGGAUGACAAAACAAUUCCUGUCAUAGAAGAGGCUUCUAAUCCUGGACAAAAUUGUGAAGAUGAAGGGGAUUGGUCAAGGAAAACAGAAAUGUUAAAUGUAGAAGCGCCAAAUUCCUCGAAUGACAAAUUAAACAAUGAAUCAGAAGUGCAGAUCCAAGAGGGAGAUGAUGAUUCAGAAAAGGGCUUAAAUGGACAAAUGAAUGAAAGGACAAGCUCAGAUGUCUUGGAAUAUGCAAGCUCAAACGAGAUCACAAAAGAGAUUCUUCCUGAAGACAAAUCUGAAGAGCCAGUGUUUGAUGGAACUGAGGUUCCUGAAAUAGAAGAAAUGAGGCGUUCUUCCAAUCAAUCUGUGGAACUUGACUCAGAGGCUCAGGGGUCUGUACUCAAUGACCGGGCUGUUGCCAUAAAAAAUUUUGUUAAAGAAAAGAGUGCAAUUGCAGUUUCAACAUUUAUGCGGCGCCUUUCUGGCAAAAAGGAUGAGAAUGAAUUUAAGGCUGAAGCUGACAAGACUGUUGGUUCAGAAUGCAUGGACUGUGAGAAGACUGGGACAGAUGAUGAAUCCAAGCCUAAAGAGGUGCAGCAGAAAUCUGAGGAAAGGACUGCUUGGAACCCACUGAACUUCAUUAAAAUUGGCCGAGAUUUUGAUACUUUUGUAACUGGGGAAGCAUUGAAUGAAAAUGUGCCUGGUUUGUUGGAGCCACCAACAUUGAAGAGUAGGAUAAUAAUAUACACAAAACUGGGGUGUGAAGAUUGCAAAAUGGUUCGUCUAUUCUUGCAUCAGAAGAGGCUCAAGUAUGUUGAGAUUAACAUUGACAUCUUCCCUGGUAGAAAGUUGGAAUUGGAGAAGAAUACUGGAUCAUCCACUGUACCAAAAGUGUACUUUAAUGACCUACUGAUUGGAGGGUUAAUUGAGUUGAAGAAAAUGGAAGAUUCUGGUAUACUUGAUGAGAAUAUCGGUGUUCUGUUCAAUGAAGAACCCUCAUCUUCUGCUCCAUUGCCCCCCUUACCUGGAGAAGAUGAUGAAUCAGGAAGUGGGAAGAUUGAUGAGUUGGCAACCAUUGUCAGAAAAAUGAGAGAGUCCAUCACUCCUAAGGAUAGAUUCUAUAAGAUGAGAAGAUUUAGUAACUGCUUUCUUGGUAGUGAGGCUGUGGAUUUCAUAUCAGAAGAUCAAUAUCUGGAGAGAGAUGAGGCAGUGGAAUUUGGAAGGAAGCUUGCAAGAAAAUACUUCUUUCGUCAUGUUCUAGGUGAAAAUGUCUUUGAAGAUGGAAACAACCUAUAUCGUUUCCUGGAUCAUGAUCCUAUAGUUAUGACUCAAUGCUACAACAUCCCUAGGGGCAUCAUGGAUGUUGCACCAAAGCCCAUUGCUGAAGUGGCAUCAAGGCUGAGGUUGUUAUCCUGUGCCAUUUUUGAAGCUUAUGUAUCAGCAGAUGGUAGACAUGUUGACUACAGAAGCAUCCAAGGUUCUGAGGAAUUUAAAAGAUAUAUUAGAACAGUUGAGGAGCUCCAGAGGGUGGAAAUCGAUGAUUUAUCACGUGAAGAAAAGCUUGCUUUCUUCAUAAAUCUAUACAAUAUGAUGGCUAUCCAUGCAUUAGUGACAUGUGGCCAUCCUGCUGGACCACUGGACAGAAGAAACUUUUUUGGAGGUUUUAAGUAUGUCAUUGGUGGAUGUGCUUAUUCACUGUCAGCGAUCCAAAAUGGCAUUCUACGCGGCAACCAAAGGCCACCAUACAACAUUACCAAACCUUUCGGGCAGAAAGACCAAAGAUCCAAGGUGGCCCUUCCAUACCAUGAACCUCUUGUUCACUUUGCUUUGGUAUGUGGCACCAAAUCUGGACCUGCACUUAGGUGUUACUCGCCAGGAGAUAUCGAUAAAGAACUGAUGGAAGCUGCACGUGAUUUCCUAAGGAAUGGAGGACUGAUUGUUGAUCCUGAAGCCAAAAUUGCAUCUGCAAGCAAGAUUUUGAAAUGGUAUAGCACGGAUUUUGGUAAGAACGAGACGGAAGUGCUGAAGCAUGCUGCCAACUAUCUUGCGCCUGCAGAGUCAGAGCAGCUCUUGGAACUGCUCGCGAGCACUCAACUGAAAGUCAUGUACCAAAACUACGACUGGAGCAUCAACAUUUAGACGUAGCGUUAAUGCUGUGUUUCUUCGUUGCAUCUAUUCAGUGUACGGUGUUCUGCAGUUUUACAAAUGGUGGUUUGUCAGCACGGCCUGUGAUGUGGAGCGAGCGAGCGUGCGUGACGCUGCUGCAGUGCGCAUGAUUUGUUGUAAUAAUUAACUUCUUGCCAUUACGAGCAGUUCGGGCUGCAAGGGAAUUGUGUUUUGUUGACUGGAUCUAUCUUUUUUUUUUUGAUAGGAGGAUGCAUCAGAAAAAGUCCAUUCUACCUUUGUAAACUAUUGCAAUAGUCUGAACAUCUUACCCCUUGUCCCUUGAACUCUAAACCUCCCUCCAUGGUGUAAAGUUGUUUCGAAGAUGAUUU